ACUGAUACAGGAGUAUACGUAGGUGGUACUGCAUUGGGACAUUGUUAGCGGAAGGAGUCGAGUUUGUAGUGUGGGCUUCUGUUCGUGAAUCGAGUUUGCUGGACUUUCGAGUUUGUUCGGAGUAAAGAGAGAGAAUGGCUCAGCGAUCUGAGGAUAUUAGCCACAGCGCUGGAGAAACCAAGGGCCAAGUUCAGGUCAAGAAAGAUGAGAUGAUGGAGAAGGGGAGAGAGACUGCUCAAGCUGCAAAGGAGAAGGCCGGCAGUGGGAUGCAGGCUGCAAAAGAGAAGGCCGGCUCCGGUAUGCAGUCUGCAAAGGACCCCGACACCACCGCCAAGGAGAAGGCAUCUGACACGGCCACCGACACUAAGGAGAAGGCCUCCGAUACUGCACAGGGCACUCGCGACACCGCCCAUGAGCGCAAGGAGCAGACCGGAGGGAUUCUUGAAAAGACUGGGGAGCAAGUGAAAAGCGCGGCGCAGGGAGAGGUGGAGACUGUGAAGAGCAGUGUGGGCAUGGGAGGAGACAAAAAUAAGGACGACACCAACAACUAAGAAUGUCAUUUUCAAUUUCCUCUAGCUUUUUUAUUCUCCUGUCUUUUGCCAUGCCUUCUUUGAGGGUGUUGUAUCCUUCGGGAAAUACCAUUUUACUUUCUUAUAACAAGACUCUUUAGAAUCAG